CAUCAACCACCAACCGCCCCAACUGUUAUCAACCACCACCGCCCCAACCCUUUCCACCGUGCAUAGCGGCGUUAUUUUCCGGCACCCCCUCCCCCCAAUGCAAUCCCUACACGACACCCACGUAAAACUCCUAGCUUUCGACAUCUUAUCCCUAAUCCCAUCGUCAUCCCACCCAAACACCGUCAUCCGCAAAGGCACCCACAUCCUUUCCCGCGCCGAAACCCUCGAUAUCAUCACUUUCUGGGAACACAAAUCUGACAGAUUCCUCAAAUUCACCAUCGAUGACGGUACCGGAUGCAUCCCCUGUGUUAUCUGGCUCAACCAACUCACUUCCCCCUAUUUCUCUCGUCGAUGCCCACCAGAUGUUCGACGAAUUGCCGAAGUGGCUAAAAGUUUUGCAACAUUUGUUCAAAUUGGGGUUUUGGUUAGGGUUAGAGGGAAGGUGGGUGUUUAUCGAGGGAAUGUGCAACUUACUGUUGCGGAUGUGGUUGUUGAGAGGGAUCCGAAUGCGGAGAUUGUUCAUGAGGGCGGUAGAUCUGAGUCGAUUUCAACAAAAGUGGGUUUUGAUGAGGGCGGUGGUGGUGGGUUUUGAAGAGGAAAGAGGGUGGCGGUGGUGGAUUUUGAAGAGGAAAGAGGGUGGCGGUGGUGAUGGAUUUAGGAUUUGUUAUUGUAACUGAUAUGAACAUA